CUGGAGGGUGGCAGCACGGAGGCGCACCUGCCGCAGGUGGAGGUCACCCGCAGCAGCAUCGCACACCCCUUCGCGCUGCACGAGGUGUACGACAGCGGGGGGGUGGAGCUGCCCUUCACGAGGAAGGUCCCCUCCCUCUCCUCCACACUCGACUUCCUGUGGGCCUCCUGCGGCCUCUCCGUGUCGGCCCUCUACCUGCCUGUGGAGCGCCGACACGAGCACCUCAUCAGCCGCCAGGCGCUGCCCAACCAGCACUACCCCUCGGACCACCUUCCCAUCGGUGCGGUGCUGCGCUGGACGCACUUCUACGUGCCUCCCUUCGGCGACACGCACCCGCCGCCCGCCCCCGCGCCCGGGGAGCCGCCGGCAGCGGA